AUGCAUUCCCUUCUUCUACUCGCUGCCGCGGCUGUGCCUGCGCUAGCUGAUACGCAUUAUUUCUUUGCAGGUUCCUUUGCUGGUACAACCAUUGUCGGUGUUGAGUUUGACGAUGCGGCUUCAACCCUUACACUUGUCAACAAUAUUACCACCAGCGCAAGCGGAGGCAGCAAGUGGAUCAACAUUGAUGCCGCCAAGGAGAACCUCUAUGUAGGCACAACGGGGUCUUUCCAGAGUUAUGCCGUGACCGCCGAUCUGGGUUUGACAUACACGAGCGCUGUCAACUUGUCUUCGGACUGCUCCAAUGCAAACUUCAUCACAUCUUCUACUUCGUCGCCUUUCACCGUCUUUGCCACAGCCUACGGCGGCGGGUGUCCUAGCCAGGCUAUUUCAGUCGACGACACCGGAGCAUUGGUUGCGGCCUUUGCAAAUGCCACCUACGAUAGCGCUGGAGGUGUCCACGGAACGGCACUGAGCCCCAACAAUGACUUCCUCUACUCUGCCGACGACAUGGGCAAUGCCGUCUGGGUACACUCGUACGAUGCUGAGACUGGCGCGGUCGAAGAGGUCCAGUACCUGGCCGCUGCCAGCGAUUCAGACCCUCGACAUGUGACUGUCCACCCAAACGGCCAGUGGGUGUACGUUGUCUACGAGGCAGCAAACUCCGUCGCUGCUUACAAGCGCGACAACACCACAGGAGAGUUGACCUUUGACAACACUACCUACUCGCUGCUGCCUACUGGAUUCACCAACUCUUCCUCGUACUGGGCUGAUGAGGUCCUCAUCUCCAUCCCGGCCAGCAACAGCAGCGCCACGUCGCCCAAGUACUUGCUCGCCGCAACGCGAUCCCGCACGACGGGUAUUUCUGGCUACGUCUCUGCAUUUUCCCUCGACAGCGAGACUGGCGCCAUUACCGAGCAGCUGUUCCUGACACCCACGACCAACAGCGGCGGGUCUGCCAAUGCCGUUUCUCCUGCACCUUUCAGUGAGGAUUACUUUGCCAUCACCGACAGCGGAUCCAACUUUGUCGAGGUUUGGAAGAUUGACGCAUCCGACGACGCAACGACGGCUGCCCCGGUGGCUCAUCUUGAUCUGGCCAGUGGUCCUGCCAAUGUCCAAUGGGUCAACUAG